AUGUCUUCUACCACUGCUUGCCAGAGCUCGUCGUGUCCCAACGGGAAUCCACCGUCUCGCCUCGAAUGCCCUACGUGCAACAAAAUCGGUAUCCGAGGUUCCUUUUACUGUGGUCAAGAAUGCUUCAAAGCAGGAUGGAAACUUCACAAAAUAAUCCACAGUCUGGGAAAACCAGCAGCUACCAACACGGAUGGUACAUAUAACCCAUUCCCAAAUUAUAGCUUUACAGGUUCUGUGUAUCCUGCAUACCCACUCUCAUCAACCCGCCAGGUGCCAGAACACAUCCCACGUCCUGAUUAUGCUCCGGAUGGAAUACCCAAGUCGGAACGAAAGCUUGCAGGUCAACCUCCUCGUAUUCUGAGUUUGGAGGAGCAGGAGAAAAUGCGCACCGUUUGCCGACUCGCAAGAGAGGUUCUCGACAUUGCUGCAUCCCAUGUUCGACCAGGUAUCACGACAGACGAAAUCGACGAAGUUGUGCACAACGAGACGAUCAAAAGGAAUGCAUAUCCGUCGCCUCUGAAUUAUAGGAACUUUCCAAAAUCCGUCUGCACUUCAGUAAACGAAGUUAUCUGCCACGGCAUCCCUGAUAAGAGGAAGCUGCGAGAUGGCGACAUUGUCAAUAUCGAUGUCACCCUCUAUUAUGAAGGUUAUCAUGGUGAUCUGAAUGAAACUUACCCGGUCGGCAACGUCGACGAGGAAUCCCUGAAAUUGAUUCGCACAACCCGAGAGUGUCUUGAUGAGGCCAUCAAGUUGUGCAAGCCUGGAGCUUUGUUUAGAGACAUAGGAAAAGCCAUAGAGCCAAUUGCCCGUGCGAACGGGUGUGCCGUUGUGCGAACCUACACUGGCCACGGCAUUAACGACCUUUUCCACACUUCACCCAAUAUCCCCCAUUAUGCAAAAAACAAAGCUGUUGGCACCAUGAAAGCUGGGAUGGUAUUCACCAUAGAACCCAUGAUUAAUCUCGGUCACCUUUCGGGCGACGUUCACUGGCCAGACAACUGGACAGCCACGACUACUGAUGGCAAACGCAGUGCGCAAUUUGAGGACACGCUUUUGGUCACUGAAACGGGAGUAGAGAUCCUGACACGGUAAAAGCUACACAACCUAGUUCGCACAUCGUACCUAUGUUAUGCUUGCUAUCUUUCCACCCAUCCACUAGUUAUUGCAUGGGGAACAUCUCACAUGUUUUUUUUAGGAAUCUAAAAAAUAGUAUUGUAACAUUUGU